GCAGCCAAAGCGUAAUCAGCCCCCACCUGCGGCGGCCCCCAUGGCCCUGAAUCAAGGACGAGUGGCCGCUUUGAUGGAUACGGACCAAGGAGGAGAACUCGUGGCAUAUGCCCCAGAGCAGCCUUCCCCUUCGAUGGCAACGGCGUCGACCUCGAAAGCUUCUUCCUCUGACGCUGCUGACGUGGUCGAUCCUCUCGAGUAUCUUCAUCUCGCAGGCAUGAUCGGAGCAAUCCGAUCGGCCCCUGAUGAUCUCGAAUGGGUCGAUCGCGAAUCCAAUCCUGGACCGCCGUUUCAGACAGGAGACACUGGCGUAUUGAAAACGCUCAAGCAACUAGAUAUUCUCCCUCUUAUCAAUCUUGGACAUUGGCGACUGUGGCGCGAAACUUUUGAGGAGCUGUCUUUCUGCUUGGCCAAAGUACAGGUGACGUGGACACAGACCAGCGGGCAUCCUGCGUGGAUCGAAAAUCCAGAGCUGCUAAUCAUCCAAGCUUGGAGGACUAAUGCGGAGGGCGAUCUUCUUGGCUUUCUCUUCGGAUCGGUACAGCCGAGGCGCCGCCAGCUGAUUGCGCAGGAGCUCAUCGCACCGAUCGUGCAAUUGGCGGACGAUCUCUCGCCCGAUAUCUAUUUACAGAGUGACGACAGUCCUGUUCCGUACAUUUUCGAGCGAUCAUUGAAUCCGUACCUUCAGUGGACUGCGUGCUUGGAGGAACCUAGGGACGAGGAUACGCUACCAUCGCGGCAGGAGUAUCUGAAGCCGUACGAGAUCAUCCCUCACGCCUUCUAUCCGAGGGCAGAGGAAGUGGUGAUCGACGACGACGGCGAAGAAGAAGAGGACGACGACGAGGAAACAUCGGAGGAGGGAAGCUAUAGUGAACAUAGUAAGGGCGAGCUGAGCGAAGGAGAAGAGGAGGAAGAAGGAACCGGAUCUGAGUGGGAAACCCUACCGGAGGAAGCGACACGUACGGAAACAGAGGCGGAAGAUCCGGAAGAGGCGCGAAAACGCGAAGAAAUUGCCACCGGGAAGCGCCAGCUGGAGUUCGCCAGCGAAGCUAGCCUGCCCAUCAGUAGCGAUCCGACCAGGGAUCCAGAGCCGCCAGAGCCCGAAGAUGGCGACCCUGCAACCGCCACCUCAAGUACCGCGCGACGGAGACAGAGUCGAUCCCCCUCCUCCUCCAGCCCCACCCGUCCCCCAGUUCGCCCAUGUACCGAUGCGGGCGAUGGGCCUUCGUUCUCGGACGCUGUCCCGCCGACCCCUUGAUUUCCUCAUCCUCGAGCAGAUCCGUACCCCCGUCACCUUCCCUCCCCAUCCCUUCCUUCCCUAUCUCUUCCGCGACUUCUACUCUACCCGCCUACUCG